AUGUCUCACACACAGAACAACAUAAAGUCCUUCACGGAGCACAAGAAUUCACCCACUGAAACCUCUGUGGUCAAAGGAGAUCCACUCAGACCCACCCUGGUAAGUGUACCUUUCAUUGAAAUAAAGUUUUGACUUUCUGCUUGAAAGUGACAGUGGGCACAUUAGAGGACUGUAUGGAAAUGUGACUACCUUAAAUUUAACCCUUCCUAAAAAAAAAAAAAAAAGCAGUUGUUAUAAGAGUUCAUAUUCAGCGCUGUGAUUUACAAGUAAGUACAAAGAUUGAUUUCAGAUAAAACAAACUCUUAACCUAUUAAGUUGGCAUGCCUGUGUGCGGUUACAGAUUAAACAGAUACUCAUCUAAUUAAGAUUGUAUUCAGACAGUCAUGUCAAAAUAAACAUAUGAGAAGGUCACUGGGGCUGCAUGAGUUCCAAGUAUAACUUUGAAUGAGUCGACAUAAGUGACUUACAAACCGGCCUUUUUUAGUCCUCGAGUGAGUGUAAAAUUUUUUUUUCGAUUUAUACAUUUUUUUAUUUUUCCAACAUUCUCAUACAUGACAGGACAUCAAAUAUUACAUCAUCCAUACACACAAAGAUAACAAUAAUAAAAAUAAAUAAAUUAAAAAGAUAAAAAUAAAGAAAUAAUGCUGGGACAGUAAAACAAGAUAACAUACAGUAAUAUAAAAAUAUUACAUUCAUUCCAUCAAAUUUAUAGUCUUAAGAUAACUGUCCCACUUUAAAGAGUACAUUUCCAUUUUGUCAUUUGUUCAUGUGCUGCUACUUUGUCCAGUUCGCUCAUCCACAGUUCAGCGUAAUUUCAAAGCUCAUAAGCAAAGUUCAGCUCAAAGCAAGAGUGCAUCAGUUGGUGAAUAUCUCACAUGACACACUUCUAUUUUAUACUUAUCUACGAGUCGAUACAGUUCCUCAUCACUGCAUCCUGCAGAAAAAAAAAAGUGUUUAACAAAGAAAAUUAGUUUUAAAAGGAUGUCUGUAUUCAUUUGCUUCCCCAACAAAUGCAGACUUUGCCAAGAGCCAUAGCAGGGUAAGGGUGCUCCUGAGAAAUGCAGUCCACAUCCUGGAAAAACACCACCAGUUUUAUUCAAAGGUGUUGCCAGAAGCAACCCAACGUUAAAAUCCUCUAGAGUGCUUUUAAGUGCAUUUCAAAAGGAACCCAGUGAUGCAUUUGUUAUUAAAAGGAGGGGCUUUUUACCGAGAGAAAUUUUCCACUCACAGUCAAUCGCUGUUUAAACGGCACAAGACAGAAAAGCAGCUCUCGCUCUCAUCCGCUAGUUUUUCUCCUUGUUUUCUCAGAUCUUAAACUUGACCUUGACCCAUGUUUGUCUCUUCAUCUAAAUCUCAUUGACAGUCACAACAGCUCUGUUUACAUGGAGGCUCUUCCCCUGAUUAGUCUUUGUUUUUCUUACCCAUGAAGGCUGACGUCAGAGCCCGGGAUAGGACUUCCUCCCGGGGGACGACUACAGGAGGACGAGCUGUGAGAAGUAAACUUCAUUUAAAACCCACGAGAUAGUUACUGUGUUUUCUUUGUCACAUGUGUUAUAUAACAUAUAGAGCUGGACUGAAAACAAUACUCAUCUCAGCAUAAAUUGGACCUCAAGGGAUACCGUGGUGUACAAUGUGAUGUUAUUGUCAGCCAAAGAAGACUAAGCAGUUAUUGAAAAAUAUCAACAGGCUUGCAACCAAUAACAAAGUGUUAUAAACUCUUUGUAAGAGUUUUAUAGAGGAAAUGGUAAAAAAAAAAGAAAAGACCCAGUGUGCAAAAAUGAUUGCAAAAAUAGAUGUAUAUAGGUCAGCAGCAGCAGCUCACUCUGUAUCCCUUUCUUGUAAAUCAAACCCUCAAACUGUAGGGAAAAAAAGAGCUGUGGAGCACAGAUCCAGACCUGCAUAUAGGCCAAAACUUUUUAUCUUUUCACAAACAGGUUUGAGUGACAUUCAGCAAAGCUCAAAUAAUCCUACAGCAGAACAGUUUUGUUUUCAUUUGUCCAAGGAGAGCCAAAAGAGCUCCAGAUCAACAUCGAAAGUUACAUUCUAACUGCUUUGCACUGCAAACUGGGUUGGAUCCCGAAAAAGAGAUUUAUGGUAAGCAGAUCAGCAGAGCAUGUGUUUACUUUCCCUCAGGUGAUGUCUCUGGGUGAGUAGUAGAUGAGUCAGUGAAAAAACAGCAGAAGAUACUUUUCUCUUAAAAUACUGUGAGCGCACACAAGGUGAGAUCAGCAAAAAGGAGGAGAGCAGAAAAUGAAGUUAUAAAAAAGUUGGAUUUUGUUUUUAGCCCUAACAUUGUUUCUCCUAAUGACCCGGUAGAUCAGACAUUUUCUCAUUCACUUCUGAUGACCAAUGAUCAGUUUAAUCUUGUAUUUCAAUCACAGUUUUUUUAAUGUCAUCCUGUUCUUAUUUGAUCUGCUCUUGUAUUUGUGUGUUUUUAUAUUUUUUAGGUAUAUGAGUGUGUUGUUUAACUGUAUGUCUCCAUUUUUUUUUACCUGGCUACAGCACAAGUUCCCCCCUUUUGGUUUCAGAUGCAUUGCCUAACAACAUGCCACAAUAAUAGAAAAAAAGUAUUUAAGGAGAAGUUGCAUCUUCCAUGGAGACAGACGGAUUUAUCAGUAAGCCUGUUUUAGGGACUUUUCCCAAUGGUAACGAGAAUCCACCAUGACAAAUCGUUCUGGUUUGAAAAUUGAUUUAUUUCACAAUUUACGAGAAAAGCUCCACCAGGAAGUUAUUGUUGUUUAUAGUUAGUAUGUAAGCACUCAGAGUGUUAAACAUAGCAUUUCUCUAAAGAAGACUGGUCUAAUAGGUCAUGUGAUCUAAAUUUAAUGAAAGGAGUUCACUGACCUCUUUGGCUCUCUUUGAAAACAUUCAACUUUCUGCUCUUUAUAAGACCUCUGCAGUAUCUCUGUGUCUCCCUGUUACAAAAAUAUCAGACAGUCAAUUAUAAACUAAAAGGAGUCUGUCUUUCCCACUUACAAGGUGGUUAAAAUUUUAUUUCCUCGUUCUUCUCUUAGCUCUUGUUGACUGCAGGCAGGGCGGCUUCACAUCGAUCCCUUAUGUCUAAACCAACCACAGCCUUCACCUCUCCCUGUAGGGAGUCACACCUCCCCAUGGCGGAUCACAUCACUCCAAACAAGGAGCCUCUCAUGGUGGGCCAACAACAAGUCCUGGACCGGCCGAGUCAAAUUACGCCCACAAUAACAUUUACAUUCGAGACAUCUUGCUGACACUGAAUCCAGAGUGUUUGGCAAAGUGUGUAGGAACAAGGUAAGCUGCGUUUCCUACAGUAAAUCAGCACCACAGGAAAGCAGAUGCAGGGAGGUCAAAGGUCAAAAAGAGAUAAAGGAGUGGCCGUGCAAAACUGAGCGAGAACAAGGGGCUGAGGGGAGACAUUCAACACAUCAAAUGAAGCAAUUUCAUGGAGGUUGAAGAGAAGCGAUCAAAAUAGCCAAAGAAAAAAAGAAAAAUUACCACGCUACCCCCUUGUUAUUGCGAUAUUUUCAUGUUGGGUAUAUCAUUGACACAAAAACAUUUCAUUAAAAACAUGAUUUUAUAUUAAAAAGACCAAAGUGCAAGUGAACUGUAUUGGACAGAAACAGUCGCACAUGUAUAGCACUUUUGGAGAAUUUUCUUCGUACUUCUCUCUGUCUGAGAGGGAAAAGAAAGAGCCAACAACCUUCCUGUAAGAUCCACAUACAGCUCUAGACACGCAGCAGAUUAACCCUCAUAAAAAGCAGAAAUAUUAUCACAGUGGUUCCUGCCUACAUGGUCAGUAAAUGUUUGCUGAUAAACACAGAGAGCUGAUAAGUUUUAAUGUGAUAUAUUUUUCUGCAAACAUGCAUGAGGAGUUGAGUACGUGAAGGUUUUAAGGAGUGUUCAGGCAGGAAGAUGAUUAUCUGCAGUACUUUAUUAUCACAAGCCUCCCCAGCAUCCAGGAAUUCUCUUUGAAGGAAAACAUUUAGUGUUCAGGAUUUUCUCCUUUGUAAGGUGAGCAGAAAACAAACAGUUUUGCAAUAAUUAUUCUGUUUAUUCACCAAUACGAGAUCAUUCUGCGGUGUAAAUGAAGGGUGUGAACUGUGUAAAUAACCACAAAAUAAUCUUCUUUCGGUUUAAUACAAGGCUUGUGCUGUCAGUCUUUAUUUGAUAGAGACUCUAAGUACGGGGGGGAUAAAAUUAAGAAAACCUUGUGGUGGCUGGAAAUAAAUCCUACAUCCAACACGACCAGAGGUGGAGGGGUGACCAGAGGUGGAACUGCCCCUCUUUGUAAUCAGACCACAUGUGCCUCCUCAAAAUCCUGAGCUGUGGUCUUGUCUGUCUUUAUCCUCUGAGUCCUUAAGAAUUAAGCUAAGGAGAUUUACCUCUGUGUUUUGCCAUUACAUAGUCCUCAGUUUAAGAUCAGAACAAACAUGAAAGUAGGAACGAUACUUUAGUAAUAUAUAUUAAGAUAGUGAAGAUAGAGCAGUUUAAUGCUAUUUAUAUGUGUGUCUGUGUGUAGACCCCCAUCCACCCGUGCCAAAGUCUACACCCAUUGA